AUGUUGCAGAGAGCUGCAAGCAAUGCAUAUUCAUGGUGGUGGGCAAGCCACAUCAGAACCAAGCAAUCGAAAUGGCUUGAGCAAAACCUCCAAGAUAUGGAGGAAAAGGUGCAAACUGUACUUAAACUCAUUGAAGAGGAUGGAGAUUCCUUUGCCAAGAGAGCAGAAAUGUACUACAAAAAGAGACCGGAGCUGAUAAACUUUGUGGAGGAAUCCUACAGAGCUUAUCGGGCCUUGGCCGAGCGGUAUGAUCACAUUUCAACAGAGCUGCAAAACGCCAACACCACAAUUGCUUCUGUUUUCCCGGAACAAGUUCAGUUUGCGAUGGAUGAAGAGGAUGAAGAUGCCAAAGCUCGGGUUCCAAAAAAGGUUUCGGAAGGUUCGAAAUCAAAUAUCCCAAAGGUUCCAAAGGGUCCUUUCAAAGAGUUGAAGAGUAUCAUCACAACAGCAUCAGCUACAAAAAAGUUGCUACCAAAAAGGACGACAAAAGCAGGAACUACCGCAAUAGUUUCUAAAUCGGGUCUUAAAAAAUCUGAGGCACUAGAAGAGAUCGACAGGCUUCAGAAACAGAUCCUAGCCCUACAAACUGAGAAAGAGUUUGUAAAGAGUUCUUAUGAGAAUGGUCUUGCAAAAUACUGGGAGAUUGAGAACCAGAUCAAGGAAUUGCAAGAAAGAGUAUGCAGUUUGCAAGAUGAAUUUGGUGAGGGAAUGGUCAUUGAAGAUGACGAGGCGAGGAAUCUGAUGGCAGAAGCAGCUAUAAAAUCAUGCCAAGAGAGAUUAGCGCAGUUGCAAGAGGAACAGGAUAGAUCAACAGAGGAAGCCAUAGUUGAAUCCCGAAGGAUAAGGGACACCAAGGAUAGGUUGGAGUCUCUCAAGGGUGAGUUCCAAUACAAUCAGAUCAACAAGGAAAAUCCUUUCACAAGAGAUGAAUCUAAGAAAGAAGUAGAAGUCCUAAAUGACUUAGAUGAAGAGGCGAUUAGUGAAACAAAAGAGAGACAGGAGCUGGAAUCGUUGCGAGACAAAAUCAAGGAGCAGUUUGAGGGCAAGUCAAACACGUCUCUCACGGUGACAGAAAUGGUGGAGAAGAUUGAUGAACUUGUGAACAAAGUGAUCAGCUUAGAAACUGCAGUGUCAUCACAAGCUGCUCUUGUGAAGAGACUAAAAAGCGAAACCGAUGAGCUUCAAGCCCAAAUUCGAACCUUGGAAAGUGACAAGGCAACUCUAAUUGAUGGGAAGAAAAAUUUAAGCAACAAGCUUAAGGAAAUGGAGGAAAAGUUUGAUGGAAUUCAGGUUCUCAACCAAAGUUUUAAAGAACAGAACAACAAUCUCCAAACACAUUUUACUGAAGCACGCUGUAAUCUCGAUCACCUUUCUGAUAAACUACAAAGUGUGAAGCCAGAUGAGGAGCUUAAUAUCACAGGUUCAUCAGAAACAGAAUCAGGCUCAGUCAAAGAAGCCAAUUUCAAAAGAAAUCCUUUUGACGAGUUCGAGAAAAUGCAGAAUGUAAAAUCAUGUGACGAAAUGAAGGUUACAGGUUCUUUGCAGAAAGAGAGGGAAUCUCCAAGUGAGGAAAGAUUGUCAGAAGAGACGAAAGAAGAAGAUGACAGAAAAAAAACAGGUGAUGAUUCUACAAAAGCCACUGGAGUUCUUAGUACUUAUGAUUGUGAGCAACAAAAAGAAGUUUCUCAAUCCCAAGGAGAUCAGAAACUGCUUGUCGAAGAUAAUAAGCAAACCCAAUUAAACUCAAUCGAUGUCAAACCAAAGGAACAGCCAAGAGAAGAAGAAGAAGAAGAAGAAGAAGAACCAGAUUGGCAGAAGCUGUUUAUGAGUGGAAUAGAGGACAGACAAAAGAUUCUGUUGACAGAAUAUACAUCAACUCUUAGAAAUUACAAGGAUGUGAAAAAGAAGCUAGGUGAAGUUGAGAAGAAAAGUAGAGACAACCUCUUUGAAAUAUCAUUGCAGCUGAAGGAACUAAAUAGUGCUAAUGCCAGGAAAGAUGACGAGAUCAGAACACUGCGCUUAAAACUCGGUUUUCUUGAAGAGACUCUAAACAUCGAAAACAAGGACAAAGAUGUCAAAAUAUUAGACACAAAAACCAUACCCCCAGCAGAAGAAGAGGAGGAAGACAAAGAAGACAUCAAGGCAAUUGUCACUGACCAAACACCAACGAUGACAGCAACAGAGGAAAAAUUCCGCAUGAGCAUAGACGAACUUCUUGAGCAGAACCUAGAUUUCUGGUUGAGAUUCAGCAGCUCAUUCCAUCAAAUCCAGAAAUUCAAUACGGAAGUCCAGGACUUGAAAUCUGAGAUAACAAAACUGGAAGAAAAAAGAAAGAACCAAGAUGGAAACAGUAACACACUCCAGAACCUGUUCAAAUCUGAUGCAAGGCCAUUGUACAAGCACCUGAGGGAGAUACAGACUGAGCUAUCAGUCUGGUCCGAGAAGAGUGCACUUCUGAAGGAAGAACUUCAAUGCAGAUUCUCAUCAUUGUGUGACAUCCAAGAGGAGAUAACUAAGGCUCUGAAGGCCAGUGCAGAGGACGAUGACUUCAAGUUCACGAGCUACCAAGCCGCUAAGUUUCAAGGAGAGGUUUUAAACAUGAAACAAGAGAACAAUAAGGUGGCUGAUGAGUUGCAGGCGGGUUUGGAUCAUGUCACAACGAUGCAGAUUGAUGUGGAGAGGACUCUGGCAAAGUUGAAUGAGGAGUUCAGUUUGGCUGGCUCAAAGAAACAGAAUGAUCCUCACUUGAGCCACACAGAGAGUAGGUCUCGUGUGCCUUUGAGAUCGUUUAUAUUUGGUGUGAAGAAGAAGAAGCAAAGAGCUUCAAUAUUCUCUUGUAUGGCUCCGGCCAUGCACAGAAAGUACCAUGGUCUGAGAGCAGGUCCUCCUUUUUAAGUUUAUUCUUUUAUUGGUUUGUGCAGGUUGUGUUUUUCUUUUUUGGGGUUUUCUUUUU